GACAGGGCUUAGUUGCAUAAAUGUCAGCUCUGUAAAAACUGCUAAUCUAGAAAGAAAGAAACAUGAGGGAAAUGACAGCGGCUGGAGCUACGUGCAGCCGAUCGUGCGAUAAUAACUUGUUUUCCAUACAAGUACACAUGUGUAUAAUUACACUGGUACCAGUUCUGUCUGGCCACGAGGUUAUUAUGGAGUUUUGCAGACCUUGGCUGAACACCAGCUGUGAUGAUGAAACGUGCCUGCCUAACUGUUAAACGAAAAAGUAUUUGAUUGGUUGACGGUCGAUUUUAUUAUUAAUUUAAUCCAAUCAUAUACAAUCUUAUAAAUAACUUAGUUGGUAAUUAUGCACCCGGCAUUUAAUAACCUUUGACCCAAUGUCAUUUUAUUGUAUCACAUUUCACUUCAGAUGUGAGAACGAAAAAGGUGUGGUAUUUAUUUACAGAAAAUGUUAAAUCCGUCAUUAAUCACGAAUAUACUAAAGUGACAAGUAUUCUUUGAGUUAGUAAACAUGGCAAGGCAGUUUGACUUCAAGAAGCUGAUUUUUAUACGAUCUUUUCGAGCGGUGUCUUCCGGUUAUUCAUCGGUCUCUGGAUCGGGUAAACCACCGAUAGCAAGUGUUGUUAGCAAGCCCGACCAACCACCACUGGUGGCUGGCAGUGGUAGCUUAUUGAGUAAAAUAAAAGGAGAUGAGAAACUACACUCUUUGGUGAACUCAUAUGAAGAUAUUGUGGGAAUUGGAGAAGUCAAACGCGCUCAGGAAAAAGUCACUCAGAUUGAAAAGUUCUUCAUGGAGGUUCGUGAAAACGUCAAGAAAUCUUCACAAAAGUUACACAACGUCCAAUCUGACCUUCGAGCAGUACGAGCCAAGCUUGACAGAACGCCUCGCGAUGAUGCCAAAUUCUUAGAAUAUGCCACUGAAGAACAUCUUAUGAUCCAGAGUGAGAAGAAAAUCGAAGAAGAGCAUGAGGCGAUAGAGGACAUGGAGCGUAGUGCAUUCGCUAAGCUGUCAGUGGCCGUCAGAGAAAGCCAUGAAAAGCAAAGAUCACAAGAAGAGAGGACAAAAUAUUGGGGUGUUAUAGGAUCGAUUGUGGGAACAAUAAUAGGGUUAUUAGGUUCUACGAUGAUCAACCAAAGACGAAUGCAUGAACUGAGGACGAUGGUCAGUGAUCUUCAAAAGGAUAUUGGUCAGGACGGUCAGCUGAGAGAUCUUCAAGGGUUUGUGGAUAACAUUAGAGGUGUUGUGAAUGGUGCAGCAAAACAGGGUCAAGAUCUUACCAUCGCUUUGGACAGUCUUGCCCAACAGCAGCAAGAUGCGUUGAACACACAGGACAAGAAUAUCACAAAGAUGUUGAAGCAGCAGGAAGGGGUACUCUUACAGGAGCUUGAAGGGGUACGGCGAUUCGCUUCUAUUGGGUCAGGAGAUAUGACUACGCUGGAGGAGAUGGUUAAUGACGCUGAACAGAAACUAGAAUGGGAAAUGAAAUUGAGUACUUUAUCAACUGUUGUGUUUAUCUACGGUGCUUUUGCCCUAACCCUGCCUAUACUUUAUAGUAUAUUUAAAUGACAUUUUGAAAAGCAAAAUGAACCAUGUAUUCUGUUUAUAGAGUCAUUUUAUACCGUUUUGAUGAAGUUUCUUGAUUGUAUGCAAUUUUUUUAAAACAGCUCUUUGUAAUCAUGUUUCGGGGGGUAUUUUUCUGACAUAACUUAAGUUGAGUGUUUUAUAAAUUACAAUUGAAUACACACAUAAAUGCUUCCCAAUUUUCUCAUAACAUAAACAAAAACAUUGUUGUUAAGAUUUUAUAUUUCACUUUCCUGGCCCAGGGGUCGAUUUCACAAAACUCUUACUAACUUAGGACUAGUCCUAGGCAAUGCUAAGAGA